CAAUGGGAAGUUGUCACUGCGGAACCUUAAGUCUGUGUUUACAAAGGGGGAGAACUGAUUUGGGGAAACCUCACACUGUGUCUGAAACAUGCCGCAACUCUUCACACUCACUGUCAGCCUAUUACCAUGGAUCUCAGCCCUCCUCUGUGGGGUUACCACAGCAGAAGAGUUUGAAGUCCUGGAGGGUCGAUCGCUCACAGUCCCGUGCCAUUACGACCCUCAGUAUGCCAGCUACGUGAAAUACUGGUGUAAGGGGAGCAUGAGGGAUUUCUGCACCAGCUUAGCCCGAACAGAUGACCCCCGUGCCAUCAACCCUGCUGUUGAUAAAGUGAGCAUUUUCGACGACCCAGUCCAGCUGGUUUUCACGGUGACCAUGAACAACCUGAAGGAGCAGGACUCUGGGUGGUACAUCUGCGGCGUGGAAAUAGGUGGUGUAUGGAGCCGAGAUGCUGCCACUUACCCUUACAUCAAGGUUGUUCAUGGUAUGUCAGUAGUGAACAACAUUCUGACAGGAGAAGAAGGGAGCAGUGUUUCAGUUGAAUGCCUCUACAGCGAGAGAUACAGAGAGAGUGAGAAGAAGUGGUGUCGGAGUGGAGACUGGAGCUCCUGUCUGGGGACGGGUUCUGCAGGGAGCUACGAAGACACUUCAGUGGCCAUCAGCGAUGACAGAACUAGGGCUUUCACUGUUACCUUAAAGAAUCUACAGAUGAGAGACAUCGGCUGGUACUGGUGUUCUUCAGGAUACCAGAAGAUAGCUGUGCAGGUGCUGGUCACUCCACGACCCACGACUACGACAUCUGUAACACUCCCACACACAGCGCGUCAGUCUGACCUCCUGCCUCCACCCAGACCCAUCUCCAAGGACUCCUGGAACGGUCAAGGUUUCGUCCUGAAGUCUUUGCUGGUUUGUUCCUGUCUGAUGGUUCUUGUGGUGGGAUUGACCCUAUUGGCAAGAAAGAUGUGGAAACUUCACAAGCAGGAUCCUGUGCUGAGACAAGCUAAAGAGAUGAAAGCGAGGCGUAAUGAGUAUUCAAGGGAUGUAGGUGACCUGCAUGAUACUUCUGUCAUUUACCAUAACAAGGAUUCCCAGGAGGUUUUCAUGCACUGAGCUUGUCUGUACUCAUGGAGUCUCUGAAGUGUCUACUCUUGCUCCGGUAACUGAAUGUAAUUUGUUAUUUCACUGCAGGAACACAUGCUUUAUUUGUAUAUUACAUAAAGCAGCAUAU